UCUUUUGAUUGGGCUGUCCGUAAUGGUGAUUUACAAAUAUACAUAAGAUAAGAGAGCUCCAAUUGCAUAAUUUUGGUGAAAAUGAUGAAAAUAAAAUUUCAAUUCAUCUUAUUACUUUCUUUUAUAAUUUAUUCAAUUGACAGAUCCGUAUCUCUUCCUUCAAUUGACAGUCUCGGAAUUUCCCCUCAAGAUGAGAAUUAUUACAAGGGUUUAUCAUUGGGUGCUAUAAAAUGCAAAGAUGGGUCCAAGAAAUUCACCAAGUCUCAGUUCAAUGAUGAUUUUUGUGACUGCCCUGAUGGGUCCGACGAGCCAGGGACUUCGGCAUGCCCUACUGGGAAGUUUUAUUGCAAAAAUACAGGACAUGUUCCUAUCUUCAUAUACUCAUCUAGGGUUAAUGAUGGCAUUUGCGAUUGUUGCGACGGAAGUGAUGAGUAUGAUGGUAAAGUUAAGUGCCCAAAUACAUGUUGGGAGUUCGGCAAAGUAGCUAGAGAAAAAUUGAAGAAAAAGAUUGCAACGUAUCAGGAAGGUAUAACUCUAAGGAGGAAGGAGGUUGGAGAAGCUAAACUUGCAAUAGCAAAGGAGGAAGAUGAACUAUCUAAGCUGAAAAAUGAGGAGAAGAUACUUAAAGAGACAGUUGAGCAGCUUAAGGAGAAAAAAGAACAAAUAGAGAAGGUUGAGGAGAAAGAACGGUUAAAGAGAGAAAAGGAAGAGAAGGAUCGAAAGGAAGCUGAUGAUGCUAAUCUAGACGCAAGCAAAGCUGAGAAGGAAACUGAAGUUCACGAAGAAGCCGUGAAGAGUGACAUCCAUGAUAAGAUUGGCCUCCUAGAAGACUCUCCUUCCAUAAAGGAUGUGGUGGAAGGCCAUGACAAAAAUGUGGAUGAAGUACAGCAUGGUGACCAUUCUGUGAACAAUGAGUUUCCUGUUGAUGAGGUAGAGCAUGCACCUGAAGAUUCUUCUCAGCAUCCUGAAAAGAAAGAGGAGGCGUCCAUCAUCAAUGAUAAAGCUGAUGUUAGUAGCCGAAAUGAGGAGAAAGAUGCUUCUGAAAAUACAGAGUCACUGUCAAAGGAAGAGUUAGGUCGUGUUGUUGGUUCUCGUUGGUUAGGAAAAAAGAGCGAGCAGGAAAUUGAGGAGGUUGGUGCUGGUACAGAUAUUAACUAUGAUAACCAUGAGGAGGUGCUACCUGAUACCCAUGAAGAGGAGUAUAACGGAUAUGAUUCUGAGGUUGAUGAACACAAGUAUGACGAUGAUGACAGUGAGGACCAAGUUGAAGAUUUUGUUGGAGAGGACCAUGAUUCAAGUUCUUCACAUAAGUCCGAGUCUGAUGAUGAUUCUGAUUUCGCAGAUAUUACAGCCACAAGUAGUCCUUCGUGGAUGGAGAAGAUGCAACAAACUGUAAAGAGCAUUUUUCGAGCUGUCAAUUUGUUCCAAACUCCAGCGAACAUUUCUGAUGCUGACCAGAUACGCAAAGAGUAUGAUGAGUCAAGUUCUAAGUUGACAAAAAUCCAAUCGAGGAUAUCUAGCUUGACGGAAAAGUUGAAACAAGAUUUUGGACCGGAGAAGGAAUUCUACUCAUUCCAUGGUCAAUGUUUCGAGAGCAAGGAGAACAAGUACACGUACAAGAUUUGCCCUUUCAAAGAAGCUAGCCAAGUUGAGGGCUACAGUACAACUCGUUUGGGAAACUGGGAUAAAUUUGAGGAUUCCUAUAAAACCAUGCAAUUUUCAAAUGGUGACCAUUGCUGGAAUGGGCCAAAUAGAAGUUUAAAGGUCAAAUUAAGGUGUGGUUUGAAAAAUGAGCUUACUGAUGUAGAUGAACCUAGCCGCUGCGAAUAUUUAUCCUUUUUGUCUACACCGGCACUUUGUCUGGAAGAAAAAUUGAAGGAAAUACAAGAUAAACUAGAAACGAUGAACAGGGAACAACCACAUGGUCAUGAUGAACUGUGACCCCUCCAGUAUGCUGUGGGAAUGCCACCAUUGACCUCAAGGGAUGCAAAAACUGGCGAAGUAGACGUAUGGGAAUGCCACCAUUGACCUCGAGGGAUGCAAAAACUGGCGAAGUAGACGUAUUGUCUCAAGAAGAGUAUUAACGAUAUGAAGUCGUAUCUCUUUACAUUUUUUUGCUCUGGAUCUCACUUCCUUAUGUAGUUGCCAACACUGCUUCAAGCAAGAAUGUAGGAGAGAGAUGGCUUGAGGCUUUUUUUGAGAUUUUCUUGGAUGACUGUGGCCAGGAUUAGGACACAGUUAUCCCUUUUAAGGACUUAUAUCUUCGACUCGUUCGGACUUACAAUACGAUGUUCAUUGGGUUAGGAAAGAUGACCACUGAGGCCAUGGCUGGUGCUCAGAUGGUCAUGGUUAUAGCAAAUUAUUGUACUAUAUUUUUCAAGUUAUCAUAUCAAGCUUGAUAUAGAGAGUUUACUUGCGAGCUUAACCUGAUAGUGUAAAAAUUCUUUACAAUGUCGGCACAAAAUCAUAAAUUCAGAUGUACGGAA